AUGGAAAAUGCAAAUAAAAAUACACCACAAACCCUCUACUGGAGACAGGUCGGGGCUGCAGGGAGGCCAGUCAAGGACCUGUAUCCUCUUCCUCUGCAGCCAGGACUUGGUGUGUUAGGUGAUGAUAAAGUGAAAUUAGUGAAGGAGGGAGACUCAGUGACUCUAAACUCGGGUCUCACUGAAAUGAUGGAUACUGAUCUGAUUCUAUGGUGGUUCAGGGAUGAAGACACUUUAAUAGCUGAAAUUAAUGUAACGACUGACAGCAUCUUUGUAUAUGAUGAUAUUCUUGGUGGGAGAUUCAGAGACAGACUGAAACUGGACAAUAAAACUGGAUCACUGACCAUCACAGACACCGGAACUGAACAUGAUGGAGAUUACAAACUACUGAUAAUUGGAGCAAAAUGGGCAGUUGACUGGUUUAGUGUGUCUGUCUGUGCUCAUCUUCCAUUUCCAGUAAUCAGUAGAAAUUCUUCACAGUGUCCUUCAUCCUCAUCUUCAUCAGUGCAGUAUUGUACAGUGCUGUGUUCAGUGGUGAAUGUGAAUCACGCGACUCUCUCCUGGUACAAAGGAAACAGUUUAUUGUCCAGCAUCAGUGUGUCUGAUCUCAGCAUCAGUCUCUCUCUACCUCUGGAGGUGGAAUGUCAGGAUAACAACACCUACAGUUGCGUGAUCAACAAUCCCUUCAGCAACCUGACUCAGCUUCUGAACGUUAGUCAACUCUGUCACACAUGUUCAGACUCUGUUCACUGCUGUGGACCAACUGAAGCUGUGAUCCGAUUGGUCCUCUCUGCUGUUGUGGGCAUGGCUACUGUUAUUAUUGUGCUUUAUGACAUCAGAUCCAGAAGAUCAAAUUCACAAAUUCACCUGUAA